AGCGGCUUGGGAACUGGACCAGCAGGCUGACUUGGGGAGGUGGCAGCCUCCAGCCCAGGGCAGACAUCACCAUGGCCCUCCUGAUACACCUGCUGGUCUGCACCUUCGGAAUGGGUUCCUGGGUGGCCAUCAAUGGCCUCUGGGUAGAGCUGCCUCUGCUGGUGGCGGAGCUGCCCGAGGGCUGGUUUCUGCCUUCCUACCUUACAGUGGUCAUCCAGCUGGCCAAUGUCGGCCCCCUCCUCGUCACUCUGCUCCAUCACUUCCGGCCUGGCUACCUUUCCGAGGUGCCCAUUGUUUUCACUGUGCUGGGUGUGGGCACCAUUGCCUGCACCCUCUUCGCCUUCCUCUGGAACGUCACCUCCUGGGUGCUGGGGAGCCAGCACAGCAUCACUUUCAUGGUCCUCACCUUUUUCCUGGCACUGGUGGACUGUACCUCCUCUGUCACCUUCCUGCCUUUCAUGAGCCGGCUGCCCACCCACUACCUUACCACCUUCUUCAUCGGUGAAGGACUCAGUGGCCUCCUGCCUGCCCUGGUGGCUCUUGCCCAGGGCUCAGGUCUCACCACCUGUGUCAAUGUCACUACAUCAGACACCACCACAAGCCCUGAGACCACCAGGAAGACCGACAUUCCACAGGGUGUUAACACCACUUUUCUGUCUGACUUCACUGGGCCAGCGUCUCCCAUGGUCCACCUGGAAAGCCGCUACCUGCCCGCCAACUUCUCGCCCUUGGUCUUCUUCCUCCUGCUUUCUUCCAUGAUGGCCUGCUGCUUCGUGGCUUUUUUCCUCCUCCAGCGUCAAGCCAGGCACUGGGAAGCCUCCAUAGAAGACCUUCUCACCUCCCAGGUCACCCUCCACUCCAUCCGGCCACGGGAAGAGGACCUGGCCCCAGGCCCAGUGGACAGCAACAAGGGCCAGGGGGAUCUAGAGAAGACAGCGCCCCACCACUCAGCCCGCCUGGCCUUCAUCUACACCCUGGUGGCCUUUGUCAACGCGCUCACCAAUGGCGUGCUGCCCUCUGUGCAGACCUACUCCUGCUUGUCCUAUGGGCCUGUUGUCUACCACCUGUCCGCCACCCUCAGCUCCAUGGCCAGCCCUCUCACCUGCCUCCUCUCCAUGUUCCUGCCUAACAGGUCUCUGACAUUCCUGGGGGUCCUCACAAUGCUUGGGACCAGUUUUGGGGCCUACAACAUGGCCAUGGCUGUGAUGAGCCCCUGCCCCCUCCUGCAGGGCCACUGGGGUGGAGAAGUCCUCAUCGUGGUCUCGUGGGUGUUGUUCACUGGCAGUCUGAGUUACGUUAAAGUGAUGCUGGGCGUGAUCCUCCGCGACCAUAGCCGCAGCGCCCUCGUGUGGUGCGGGGCGGCGGUGCAGCUGGGCUCGUUGCUGGGAGCGGGGCUCAUGUUCCCGCUGGUCAACGUCCUGAGGCUCUUUUCAUCCGCUGACUUCUGCAGCCUGCAAUGCUCCACCUAGGCCACCUGGAGGGGCAAGAUCCGCUACAGGCCCUGACCCGCCCCCACUAACGCCUAAAGCUGAGGCCCAGAGAGGCCAGGAACGCACCCGAGGUCAGAGGGCAAGUGGCGAGGAACCGGGUGGCAGAGCAUGAGUACUUGAACCAUCAACACAAACCUUGCUUCGGGAACGGUGGGGAACACCACAGGCAUCCCACAGGCCAUGGAAAAGCAAAGCGCGGUCCUACCCCAGCUCUGUCACCAGGCCUGCGAUUCCACCAUUUCAGAACUCCUCUGGUUUCUUGAGAGAGAAUUGAUUUGCAACAUCCAGCUGAAGGCAGGCUAUAAGGUGUUAGAUGGGAAACAGCGAGGAAAGUGACCUGGCCCUUAUAAGCUGUGUGACCUUGGGGAAGUCACUUGAUAUCUCUGUGCCUCUGUUUCCUCAUCCAUACAAUGGGGAUUGUAAUAAAUAACACCUACCUCAUGGUCUUGGCACAGGGAUAAAAGGGAGGCAUACCCAACAUGGAGCAAACCCUCCUGGGCCACUUCCUGAGCUGAUGCCCCCACAGAAACAGCAAGAGUGACACCACCACCUAGACGUGGCCAGAGGACUGGAGAGAUGACCCCUGCUCUGUAUCAUUUUUUCCUUUACUAUCCUCACAGAGGAAGUUCUAGAGGGCAGAUGGCUAAUGGUGGAAUUUCAGGCAUGUUCCCCAGUUCCCAGUGUGGAUGGACUUUGCACCCCACACACUCUUUCCUGUCACUCCUCCUGACCUGUGAAGCCCUGCUCCUUGGAGAGCAAGUAACCUCCUGGGAGAGGAGGGAGAUGACAUGGGGAGGAGCUACACCAAGCCUCUGAGAGUGAGUGUCCCCCCCUCACCAAGGCCAAGCACUGGACCUCGAGGACCCUGGGAAGCAGUUCUCUCUACUGGAGGGAGGAGUGCAUUAGCUACCUGAUUGUUAUUUUGCUUUACUUUUUUUAAAUAAUUAAAAAAUCCCUGCUUUUACACUAAGAUCUGCCCUCCAAGAAAAAGUCCAGCCUGAAACCAAAAAUGUAUCAAUAUAAUCAAUUUUUGGUUGUUUGGGGUCAAGGAUAAGCUCAGAAAUGAAUAGAAUCAAGUGCUUAGAGAA